UCGACAAAACGACACCGUCCCCCAAACCUUCCUCCAAAACGACAAAACCCCCCUCGAAAAUUCUCCUCUGAAGAAAAUCCGUUCACAGCCAUGGCAGCACCAACUGACGCAAAUUCCUCAUCCUCUUCUUCCAUUUUCUCCCUCAAAAACUCCCGCCCUCCAGACGACACCGUUUUCUAUUCCAUCUUCCCCGACUCCUCCCUCACCGCUUCUGCCGCUGCCCCAGAAGAACUUCAAUCCCUCCACCCCCAAAUCCUCAACCACCUCACACCCUACACUGCUCCAUACAUAUGGCAACACCAACCUUUCACUCUUUCUCCUUCCUUCAACCCUGUUCCCCACCUCUCCGGCCACCUCCGUUUUGGGGACAAUCUCGAGGACGAGUGGUUUGUUGUCUUCUUAUUGAGGUUGAUGGAGAAAGCUGAGGAGUAUUAUCGGAAUAGUUCAUUACAAUCUAGGGCAAGUGAAAUGCUGAGCUCUCCUGUUAGACGUAUAGAUGAGAUUCUUGCACUUCCUCAUUUAGCUGAUGAUUUCAAGGUUCAGGAGCUUCCUCCAUCAGAUGAUGAUUCUUGGCUUUAUGGUGGGGAAGAUGAGCUAAAUGCUGCUCUUCAGGAGAGACAAAAGGAGAUGGAACUUUAUGAUUUGAAGAAUAAGAAGAAACAGAAGUCAAAAGAGCAGCAGGAUGGGGAUCCAGCUUCUACCAAAGAUUUGGAGGAGUAUGAUCUUGGAGAUAUAGCUAAAUCUAUGCAAGCGUUUGUUAAGAAAGUUUCGAGUUAUAAAGGAGCUGAGGUUCCGGAAAACCGGAACAUGAAAGAUGUGAAUUUUGAUGUGGAUCAAUUUGUGAAAGAUAUGGAAUCAGUAAUGAGACAACGUGGUUCAGGAGAUACUGAUAGCGAUCCUGAUCUUGAAGAAGAGCCAUUAUCGGACAUGGAUUUUGAUGAGUCUGAUGAUGAGAGUGUGAUUUCCGAGGAUAAUGAAGACACAGGAGAUACUUUCAUGCAAUCCUAUUCAGAUGCUCUGAAUGAAGAACUGAAGGCCACCACACUCAAGAAGACUUUUGUCCGUGCAAAUGAACAAUCCGUGCAGAAGAAGGAUGAGGGAACUUCUAAUGCCAUGGAGGAGAUGACAGAGUUCACUCCGGUGGAUGUAGAUAUCAACCUUGUGCAAAAUUUGCUCGAUUCUUUUUCUACUCAACAAGGACUUCCUGGCCCUGCUUCCAAUUUGCUAGGACUAAUGGGUUUAAAGCUUCCUGAUGAUUCUGGCCAAGGCAAAUAAUUUUCUCUGCCUUCCGUUUAUCCACUUUAGUAUUUCUGUUAAUCUCAGAAGUUUUGUUACGGCGUAGCCAUAUAUAUCAGACACAUCCACGAUCUUGAUUGUGCAUACUGAGUUAGAUGCAUUUCCUAGUCGGUGUGUAAAAACUUGUAAUGUAUUUGUUCGUUUGAAUUAUGCUCACAACUCAUGUUUUCACAAUUAAUGGCCAAGGACAUAAUGGUAAAGUAUGGCUACGCUGGAUCAUGUUUUAUGUACAAAGUGAUAGAUGAAAGAUUGUUUUUCCCAUCACUUUUGUACUUGAAAUGAUGCUGAGGAAUCUCCCUUGCGCCGUGUGGAGUUCAGAAGGGGUGAUAGCAGAGUCUGUUUUGAAUGUACUCAUUUUUCUAGCUUGAGAAAUGUCGUGGCAAGUUUUAGCUAUGCCCUUGUUGUUUGGAAGCUGUUUAUAAGGGUCUGUUUGGUAGGACUUUUGAUUUUGCUUGUUGAAGUAGUCCUUAGACGAGCUUUCUUUAAAAGCUGUUAUAAUCAGAGGAUACUCUUGAUCUCCAAGUUGCCAUC